AUGUCGAUUGCAAUUGUUCAAGCGGGUACCAUCAUCUAUGACACUCCAGCGACAUUAGACAAACUCGAACGUCUCACUAAGGAAGCCGCAGACAAGGGAGCAAAACUUGUGCUCUUCCCAGAAGCAUUUGUCGGCGGAUAUCCGAAAGGUAUGGACUUUGGAAUCGUUGUCGGUCAUCAUUCGCCAGAAGGCUCUGAAGAGUUUAGGAAGUAA